UUAUACUGUUAGCUCAUUCACUCGAUAGCAAUCGACUAUGGUUAUUGUACGCAACCUUCUUGUAGUGCUUUCCGAUUGAAUUUAUAGCGAAAAAAUUUGUAUUUUUAAAAUUUAGUCAUCAAUGCAAUUUCAAACGCGAAACAUAAAGCGGAUUUUCCAAAUAAAUAAAAAAUUGAAAAACAAUUUAAUGUUCAGGAUCAAGUAAAAAAUCAAAUAAAAUUCGGGAAAAUGAACGGUGAUAGUAAAGUGAAUGACGGCGAUGUGCCAGUUAUUAAAUUUGGCGCCAAUAAAUUGGAUGAAAAUUCAAAUGUGGACAGUGAUACUGAUGUGAUAUCGAAUUAUAUUGGACAUUACGGUUGGUGGCAAUUCUUCUGGACAGUCUUGUUGGGAUUGUGCCAGUGUCCGUCAACAUUUCAGAUUUACGCGUUCGUUUUCCAGGGCUACAAGCAUGAAUACCAUUGUGUCCGACCCGAAGGCAUGGAAAACAUAACAAUCUCACAGUGGCGAAACUUAACAAAACCAUGUGAACCGAUCGAUCUAAAACUCAUUCUGUCAGCUACCGAACAGACAUUCAACGAAUCGGAAGACUUCUAUGCGUUCGAUUGUGGUGCAUAUGAUUUUGACGGAAACGAAAAUGUGAUUCGUGAAUGGAAUUUGGUCUGUGAGCGAGAGCAUUUGGCAAGUGUUGUGGAAAUGUGCUUCCUCGCUGGAGCUGCUGUCGGAAGUAUAUUUAGUGGCUGGGUGUCUGAUCGAUUUGGUCGCCGGCACACACUAAUGGUGCUGAUGUUAAUGCAAGCAAUUUUCGGUAUCCUUGUUGCAUUCUCAACAUCAUUGACAAUGUUCAUGGUAUUGCGAAUUAUCCUGGGUUUUGCAUCUAUGGGUGUUACAAUGGUCAGUUUUGUAUUAGCCGUUGAACUUGUCAGUGGGAAAUGGCGUACGAUAAUUGGAGUAUUGGAUAUAUUACCGGUAGCUGUUUCGUAUAUUUUAAUUGCGGGCAUAGCAUACGUCGUGCCACAAUGGAGAGAAUUGCAGCUGGUCAUUACGGUGCCGUGGAUUGUCUAUCUACUUGCAUGGUACCAUUUACCCGAAUCACCUCGUUGGUUGUUAGACAAUGGCAGAAUUGACGAAUUGAUCAAAGUGAUAAAUGUUGCGGCGAAAUGGAACCGAAUCAAAUUGCCGCCCGGAUAUGAGAAAACACUGCAUCAACCCGAACAACCAGUGACUGUGUCGUUGCUGGAACUAUUCAGGACAAAAUAUUGUCGUACCACUAUAUCGAUGACUGUCAUCUGGUAUUCGCUGAUUCUAAUUUAUUUUGGACUCACAUUGCAUUUGGCCCAUUUGGGGGGAGACAUCUACAUAACCACGAUAAUUUCUGGCUUACUGGAAGCUGUAUCCAUUUUGUUGUGCAUUUUUGUUGUGCUAAAAUUAGGCCUCAAAAUUAAUUUGGUUAUUUACAUGGUUGUCGCUGGAGCUGGCUGCCUGGCAGUUAAUUUCCUUCCAGACGGAAAUUAUUUCGGUGUAAUUACAUUUGCUAUGAUAGUAAAAUGCUCGAUUGGAGCCACCAAUGCACUGAUUCCAACAUUUACAGCCCUACAAUAUCCGACAACAAUGCGCACGUUAUCGGUUGGAAUUGGCAACUUUGCAGCUGGAUUAGCACUGGUUACCGUGCCUUAUUUAUGGCUUCUGGAACACGUACAAAAAGAUCUUCCCAUGACAUUGAUGGGAUGUUUCGGUUUAAUCGGAGCUGGGGCAUUGAUUUUGAUGAAAGACAGAGAGUUAAACCUGGCCAAUGUCGAUAAAAAUGCGAAAGGGAUCAGUGUCGUCAAAGGGACGACUGGAAUUGGAAUACAGACAGUGUCGAGUGGCUGCAUGGAUGCCUGAGUGUUUUUCCCAUAUAUACACGAUACGACAGUGUGUGAUGCCGAUUUUAAAUAUGAAUGUGAUAUGUUACGUGCUACCUAUGUAUACCUAGUGCUAUGCUACUUAUUGUAUUUAUUUUGUAAAUUUUCUUUUUGAUUUUAUUAUAGUCCUUUUACUGCACAUGUAUGUUUAUAUAUAUGUGGGGUGUGUGUGUACUUACCACACCGAUUUAUAUGUUUAUUUUGUGUUAAGAAGAAGCACGCACGAGGGAAACAUCUCUUGAUGGAGGAAAUAAAAUUUUAUGAAAUGAAAAU